GUCGCUUCUCCUGCCGUCUCAUCGUUUUCUACUACCUGCUCUCUCGCCAAAUUCUGCCACCCAACUAACAAAACAAAAGCCUGGACUUCCGUCCGCCUCCGGCCCCGGCCGCUUCCUUCCCUCCCAUCUCUGCUGCCGCCACCACCAAAACCCGCACGCUUCCAAGCGCACGCUCGAUCGCAGAGCCCAGCAGGACCGGAGCGAGAAGAGAACAAGGCGUGCGCGCGCGCGUGAGGGAGAGGUGGCGGCGGAGGAGGAGGGGCGCCGCAUGGGGUCGAGGCGGCGGCGCGGCCAGCACCACGGCCGCUGGGUGGUGCCCUCGGUGGCGCCGGCCGCGGCGGCGUUCACGGCGGCCGGGCUGCUGCUCGUCGUCGUCGCCUUCCACUGCUUCCUCUCGCCGCCGCUCGGGGGUGGCGGCGGCGGCGUCCGGCGCCACAACCCGCCGUUCCUGUUGAACAAACCGGCCGAGUUGCGCAGGAAUCUCGUCGGCACCGUCGAUUUCACCGUUCCGAGUGGCGGGAGCAGGCUGGGGGAAGAGCUCUGGACAUCGAAGACGGCGCACCACUUCGUUGGCUGCAGCGACGCCACCAAGGAGUUCGCCGCAGAUGCCAAGGCUGUCACUGAGCCGAAUCGCUAUCUGAUGAUCGCCACCAGCGGGGGCCUGAACCAGCAGCGAACAGGGAUCAUAGAUGCUGUUGUUGCAGCGCGCAUUCUGAAUGCAACACUUGUCAUUCCAAAGCUUGAUCAGGCAUCUUUCUGGAAUGACGCAAGUGAUUUUGGGGAGAUCUUUGAUGCUGACUCAUUCAUAUCCUCGCUCGCAAAUGAUGUAAAGAUCAUACGACAAGUGCCUGACAGAAAUGGGAAAACACCUUCUCCAUAUAAAAUGCGUGUACCUAGGAAGUGUACUCCAAAAUGCUACGAGAAUCGAGUACUACCUGCCCUUUUAAAGAAACAUGUCGUUCAACUAACAAAAUUUGACUACCGGGUUUCCAACAGGUUGGAGACUGAUCUUCAAAAGCUCAGGUGUAGAGUCAAUUAUCAUGCACUAAAGUUCACAGAUCCAAUUCUCGAAAUGGGCCGAUUGCUUGUCCAAAGAAUGAGAGCCAAAAGUGGACGCUUCAUUGCUCUUCACCUAAGAUUUGAGCCUGACAUGCUCGCCUUCUCGGGAUGUUACUUUGGGGGUGGUGAAAUCGAGAGAAGGGAACUAGGUGCAAUACGUAAGAGAUGGGAUACACUGCAUGAAAGCAACCCUGACAGAGAACGCCGGCAUGGCAAAUGCCCUCUAACACCAGAAGAAGUUGGCUUCAUGCUCAGGGCAUUGGGUUUUGGGAAGGACGUCCACCUAUAUGUUGCGUCGGGGGAUGUAUACGGAGGAGAGGAGACAUUAGCACCUCUGAAAGCGCUCUUCCCAAACUUCCACUCGAAGGAGACUCUAUCAAGCAAGGAGGAGCUGGCACCUUUCUUGCCAUUCUCAUCUCGCAUGGCCGCCCUUGAUUAUGUCGUGUGUGAUGACAGCGACGUUUUUGUGACAAAUAACAAUGGCAACAUGGCAAGAAUGUUGGCUGGUCGAAGGAGAUACUUCGGGCACAAGAGGACCAUACGCCCCAAUUCUAAGAAGCUCUCCUCUCUCUUCCUUAAUCGAACCAGCAUGAGCUGGGACACAUUUGCAUCCAAAGUUCAGAUGUACCAAAAGGGUUUUAUGGGUGAGCCAAAUGAGAUUAAACCGGGAAAAGGUGAAUUUCACGAGCACCCUAUGGACUGCAUUUGUGCAAGGACAAAGAGAAGAACUGGGCCUAGUAAGCCGUACCUAAGCAAUCGUGCUCGUGAAGCUGCCGGGAAUCAUACCAGUGAUGCGGAGUUCGACUGGAGCGAUUUGGACUAUGGAGAGAAUACACCCUUGGGAGGGGAUUCAUCAACUGAGACUGAUCCAGAUUACGGCCGUAUUGCUGGACCAGACAUUCCUGAAUUGGAGGACAUACUCUCGGACUAGUCACUUAAAAUUGAUAGCUGUUAUAAUAGGUUUUGUCACUUAGAAGGGAAAGGCGAUGAAGUUUUUUGUGUACAGAAGCUACUGCAGAAUUUAUCUUCUCCUGUUUUUUUGCAUGGAGAAAUCAGGAAGAGCUUCUUACAGAAGAAGAGAGAAGCAGGCCUUCAGUAUGAGCAAGACAAAUUGUACAGCAUUUGACUGGUCUGCAUCGGAUGCUGAUUGGCAAAUUAGAAGAACUUUUUUGUUUGGUUUUCCAUUAAUAUAUUUUAGAUUGAACCGUAAAUAGACGGUAGCUCUUUUUCCUUUAUAGUUUGAUGUAAUGUGACAGUGAGUUUGGUUUUUACUCUUGAUUUUCUCUCGACAAAAUUUUCGGUCUGCCAUGAAUUCUGUACAUAACAUAGAACAUGAAGAGGAGCAAGAAAGAAGGAAAAUCUUACCCAGUGCGUCUGUACGUUUCAGCAUUAUUGGCUAGUUCGGAGCUGCUCUUUGGGAAAUCAACAUUUUUGUCA